GCAAAGGCGUGGACCUUGAGGGCAACAAAUUGGAAUAUGAGGCGGGAGAGAUUUACUUCGGAGAACCAGGGACCAAUGGUCAACACAGCUUUUACCAGUUGCUGCACCAGGGCCGCGUGGUGCCUGCGGAGUUCAUCGGCUUCCAGAAGAACCAAAACCCUAUCACGUUGGAGGGCGAGGAGGUCUCGAACCAAGACGAGCUGAUGUCGAACUUCUUUGCCCAGCCAGAUGCUUUGGCUUUUGGAAAGACAAAAGAAGAAUUAAAAAAAGAAGGGGUUUCUGAAACCCUAAUUCCGCACAAGACCUUCCAGGGGAACAGGCCCUCCACCAUGCUGCUGCUGCCGGAGUGCAACCCGUAUUAUCUGGGAAUGCUUUUGUCUCUUUAUGAAAACCGAGUCGCCACUGAGGGUUUCAUUUGGGGCAUUAACUCAUUUGACCAGUGGGGAGUCGAACUGGGGAAGGUGCUGGCGAAGGACAUCCGCCGCGUUUUGAGUUUAUCUCGUCAAGGCAAAAAGCCCGACACGAGCCACUUGUGCUCUCCAACUCAGCGGCUGCUGCAGAAGUAUUUAUCUGCCUAA